AUGGAGGCGGCGCGGCGGCCGCCGCUGCUGCUCCGGCUGCUCCUGCCGCUGCUGGUGGCGGCGCUGGGCGCGGCGGGGCGCGGCGGGCCCGGGCCCGUCACCUGCGGYUCGGUGGUGAAGCUGCUCAAUGUGCGGCACAACGUGCGGCUSCACUCGCACGAUGUGCGCUACGGCUCCGGCAGCGGGCAGCAGUCGGUGACCGGGGUGUCGGCGGCGGAUGACGGGAACAGCUACUGGCGGGUGCGGGCCCGCACGGCCGCCGUGUGCCAGCGGGGCACGCCGGUGCGCUGCGGACAGGCCAUCCGCCUCACGCACCUGGGCACCGGCCGCAACCUGCACAGCCACCGCUUCACCUCGCCGCUCUCCGGCAACCAGGAGGUGAGUGCAUUCGGGGAGGCCGGCGAGGGCGACUACCUGGACGACUGGACAGUGGUUUGCAGCGGGACCUACUGGGUGCGGGACGAUGAGGUGCGCUUCCAGCACACCUCCACCGACGUGUUCCUCUCGGUGACCGGGGAGCAGUAYGGGCGGCCCAUCCACGGGCAGAAGGAGGUGCACGGCAUGGCCUCCUCCAGCCAGAAUAACUACUGGAAGGUGAUGGAGGGCAUCUUCAUGCAGCCCAGCGAGGCCUUCCAAACGGAGCAGUACCACGCCGAGUUGUGAGGGACAGACAGACUGAUGCUGAGCSUCUGGGCGCUGCCCUGCUGUGUUUGGGACUGCUGAACCUGGGGAUGGCUCCUGUCCCCACCUGGGACUGACACACAUCACUGACACAGAGCUCCAGCACAARGCAGAUCCCAAUGUCCUGAAUUCGAUGCGGCGCAGAUUCCACUGUCCCAAAUCUGACACUAAGCAGGUCCCAACGUCCUAAAAUCACUACAAAGCAGAUACCACUGUCCAAACCUGACCCACAACAGARCCCAACAUCCUAGACCCUCAAAAAGCAGAUCACAAUAUCCCAAAUCUAGUUCAAAGCCCAGCCCAACAUCCAGACCUGACACAGAACAAAUUCCCAAACUCCCACCCUGUCUCUUUUUCAGCUCACUCCGUCCAAGGAACCCCCCUUUAAAGGACUGCUGUCCCUAGAAGUUGUACCCCAUUCUGUACCCCAAACGGCUCCUCGUGCCCUGUGAGGACCUGGGCCCAUAAAAGUGCUGAAYCCUG